AUGAGGGAGGCAAGUACCGGAUCUCUUGAUCAAUUCUUCGAACUGGAGCUACACAUUCCUUUGUUAUCUUACGCCUGCAAAAUAUGUGACCCAGAAAACAUUAAGAAGGUUAAUGCAGAUGCAGUCGCAAAAGAUGUCACCCGACUCCUUACUGAAAAACGUAAAGGCGGUGAUUUGAUAACUUGGCUUGGAACUUAUGGAGUUUCAAAGACUACCGAAGAUAUUGACCGUCUCGUUCAAAGUUUUUCGCAAAAUGAGAAGACUUUCGUGCUAGCGUAUCGUUUAUACACAUUGAUGUAUGCUGAUCUUUUGCCGUUUCAUUUCAAGUAUGAAGAGGAUUCUUUUUCUUCGCUCGACAGACUCGUGUUUUGGCUUAAAUUCGCUGCUUUUACUCGUUUUAACUACAUUGAGCAUGAGGCAAGAUUUCCAGAAAAAAUGAAGCUUCAAAAGCCAAAAGAGCUACACUGA